AUGAUUUACACGGCAAUAGACACAUUCUAUGUAACAGAGGAGGAGCUUAUAAACUCGCCUUCUCGAAAAGAUGGAAUCGAUGAACUUAGAGAAACAGCAUUACGAAUUCAUGGUUGUAAUCUGAUUCAAGAAAGCGGGAUUUUGCUCAGAUUACCUCAAUCUGUAAUGGCCACUGGACAAGUAUUAUUUCAUCGAUUUUAUUGCAAGAAAUCAUUCGCAAAUUUUAACAACGUGAAGAUAGUUGCUGCUACUUGUAUUUGGCUUGCAUCAAAACUCGAAGAAAUUCCAAGAAAAACUAGACAUGUAUGUAACGUUUUCCGCAGAAUGGAAUGCAAGAGAGAAAACUUAGUUGAAUGGAAACAUAUUGAUUUGAAAACAGAGCUAAUCAUCGAAACAGAGAUACAUGUUUUGAGAGAGAUUGGAUUUAUUUGUCAUGUUGAACAUCCACAUAAAUUUGUAUCGAUUUAUAUUGCGAUUCUUGAAAUUACAUGUCCAGAAUUGAAACAAGAAGCAUGGAAUCUUGCAAAUGAUAGUUUGCGCACAACAUUGUGUGUAAGAUUUAAGAGUGAAAUUGUAGCUUGUGGAGUUAUAUAUGCUGCAGCUCGUAGAUUUCAAGUGCCAUUACCAGAGAAUCCUCCUUGGUGGAUAGCAUUUGAUGCAGAUAAGCAUGGUAUAGAUGAAGUUUGUAGAGUUCUUGCUCAUCUUUACGAUAAAUUUAGAAUUUAA